AUGGAGUUACAUUGUGAUAACAAGUCAGCCAUUGAUAUUGCCCAUAAUCCAGUUCCACAUGAUCGAACUAAACAUGUUGAGGUGGAUAGACAUUUUAUCAAAGAAAAAAUUAAGAAGAAGAUUAUCCGCCUACCAUUCAUAAGAUCUCAAUUGACAGAUAUCUUAACCAAAACUGUAUGUGGAAGAGUAUUUCAUAAGUUGGGCAUUGGUGACGUAUAUGCACCAACUUGA